GUGGGUCCGAUCCUAGUUUAAAAAAGAAAAGAAUUAAACUACUAUUUUAUGGUUUUGCUCCUUGUAAUUCCUAAACCUUCAUUUCAAUAAUAUUUAUAAACUCAACGAAAAAAAUAAAUAAUAAUAAUUAAACUACUCACACAAUAUAAGGAGGUGGUUGACAUUGUUAUGAAGUCAUUGAAAUUAAGGAGAUUUAGUUUUGACGUUUAAGAGAUACAUCUACACUCCUUGCACUCUCCAGGUUUGUAUAUGAUCAUUUGCAAGUUAUUCUUUUUCUUUUUUUUUGAUAAAAUUUGCAAGUUAUUCUAGAGUUAUAAAUAUACAGCAGUAAGUUAUUCUAGAUGUAUAUUAUUUGCAUGGAGGCUGUUAGUGUACAAAUAUGAUUAAUUUUGACUUGUUCAUCGGUCCUCCACUUCACUCGCCGCAAAUACCAAGUCUCAACCCCCCAACAUAUAUCCCCUGUCAAUUACCGAUAAAAAUAACUUCUAAAAACUGAAUUGAGCAAUCAAAUUUAGUAUAAUGUAGCCACAAAAUAAAAACUAAAUUAAGUACUCUUCUCAUAAUUAUCAAAUAAAGUAAAAAAACAUUGCCAUUCAGUAUCGAUUUCUGCAGUCUCCUAUAUAAUCAUCCCAACUUCUUCACAAUCUAUAUAACAAAGCAAACAUCCUCCAUCCGGUACAUAUCAAAAUCCAAACAAUGUCUUCAUCCUUUGUAACAAAACGACUCUUUUCGGUCCCUAUCUUGGCCAUGGUGGCCAUGCAACUCUCUUUUGUACAGUGUGUUUUGUCCCUAAACCAAACAAAUGAGUAUCUACACCACAUAUGCCUUAAUCGUCAAGGAACAUACAAGUCAGGUAGUAAAGACGAGAGAGAUCUUAACAAUCUCAUCCAAAUGAUUUCUAUCUCAAUUUUAGGCGACGUUGUCGUUUUUAGCGGUGAUAAUUCCAUCUACGUCAAGCUCCAGUGCCGGGGGGACUCCUCCACAUCCAAGUGCCGCUCUUGCCUUGAUACCGCCUUCUCUGGGGUUAGUAGAAGAUGUCCCAACAAAAGAAUAAUAUGGUACGACAACUGUGUUCUCACAAUUUUAACGUUUCAUACGUAUGGCAAGAUCGAUUACCAGAACAAUUUCUAUAUUUCCAAUGCAAAGGAUGUGAGCGGUGAUACAAAUUCGUUCAACGAGAAGACGAGGGCUCUCCUCUAUAAGCUGAAGGAGAAAGCAAGUAGUAAAGAAAACAUCCCCAACAAGAAAAAUUACUUAUAUGCAACAGGGGAGGAAAGUCUCGGGAAGAUGAAAUUGUACGCAAUGGUGCAGUGUACACAAGACUUAUCAAUAAAAAAUUGUAGUGUGUGUUUGAACUGGAUUCUUGCGAAGUUUCCCAAAUGCUGCAACGGUAAACAAGGAGGAAGAUUUUUGAGUACAAGUUGUAAUUUUAGGUAUGAGCUUUACCCCUUUGUAAAACUUACGACUAGUUAAUAUGAGCUUCAUAUAUAUAUAUGCAUAUAUUUGUUGUGUUUGAAUAACUGUUUUCAGCGAAU